AUGCUUUUGUUGUCAUUUCACAACAAAUUGGUUCACGGGGGAAUAGCGCUUACGCUGGGUGGAGUGCGCAAUGAAUAUUGGCCUACAAAUGGGAGAAGAGCUGUGCGCAGCGUAAUUCGAACCUGUUUUCGUUGUACUCGAGCAAACCCUAAGCCUCUCAAGCAACCAAUUGGCCAAAUACCCCUUGCCCGAGUUACCCCAAGUCGUCCCUUCGCAUCAACUGGCAUUGACUAUUGUGGCCCGGUGUUUGUUAAGUCCCCGAACCGUAAAUCUGCUCCCACCAAAGCCUAUAUUGCCCUAUUUGUCUGCUUUAGCACAAAAGCAGUUCACAUUGAGCUUGUGGGGGACCUAUCCACAGCCUCAUUUCUCUCUGCUCUACAACGUUUCGUGGCCAGACGUGGAAAACCUCAAUACAUCUACUCCGACAAUGCCACAAAUUUUGUUGGAGCUCGAAACGAGCUACACGCUCUCUACGAAAUGUUCUCAAGCCCCAAGGAAACAGAUCGUAUCGCUACCGCUCUCGCAACCGAGGGCAUACAAUGGAAGAUGAUCCCCCCGCGUGCACCCAACUUUGGCGGCCUGUGGGAAGCCGCCGUGAAGGUUGCGAAAAAACAUUUGGUUCGUCAGUUAGGCAGCACCUUUUUACUGUACGAGGACCUAGUGACGAUUUUGUCCCAGAUCGAAGGAGCAAUGAACUCGAGACCGUUGGCCCCUUUGUCUGAAGACCCCAACGAUUUCGAAGCCAUCACUCCAAGCCACUUUUUGAUUGGCUCUCAACUGCAAGCCCUUCCAUACCCCGACCUAGAGGACGUUCCUGAGAACCGGCUGAAGAAUCGCUAUCAGGUCAUCCAACAGAAGCAGCAGCUGUUUUGGUACCACUGGCAGACAGAGUACCUCAAAGAGCUGCAACGACUGAAUCUGAAAAUCGGCCAGGUGAUGAUUCUUCAAGAUGACCCGUUACCCCCCAUGCGCUGGCCUCUCGUGCGCAUUAUGGAACUACAUCCUGGAGCUGACGGUGUGACACGGGUGGUUACCAUCCGCACACCCACUGGUGCUAUCUUCAAGCGUGCUGUGGUCAAGCUGUGUCCGUUGCCUACGAUGGACGAGGAGGAGUCGUCGACAGCCGCCCCCGCACCAGGUGAAAUCAAUGUUGACUGA